CCAUCACCACCCAUAGACAGAAAACACACAUCAUGCCAGGACUCCUCGUUCUCACCCGCCACGGCCAAUCUGAGUGGAACAAGCUCAACCUUUUCACUGGCUGGAAGGACCCCGCCCUCACCGAGCUCGGCCACGAGGAGGCCCUCAAGGGCGCCAAGGAGCUCAAGAAGUAUGGCUACACCAGCUUUGACAUGGCCUUCACCUCUGCCCUCCAGCGUGCGCAGAACACCCUCGCCAUCCAACUCAAGGAGAUUGGCCAAGAGGGCAUCCCCACCAAGAAGGACCAGGCCCUCAACGAGCGCGACUACGGAGACCUCACCGGCUUGAACAAGGACGACGCUAGGAAGAAGUUCGGCGAGGACCAGGUCCACAUCUGGCGUCGCUCUUACGAUGUUCCCCCUCCCGGAGGCGAGUCCCUCGAGCUCACUGCCAAGCGUGUCCUCCCCUACUUCGAGAAGGAGAUCAAGCCUGAGCUCCUCAAGGGCAAGAAGAUCAUCAUUGCCGCUCACGGCAACUCCCUCCGUGCCCUCGUCAAGGACCUCGAGGGGCUCACCCCUGAGGAGACGCUCAAGCUCGAGCUCGCAACGGGUGUCCCCCUCGUCUACCAGAUUGACGAGAAUGGCAAGGUCCUCGACAAGAAGAUCCUCGAGUAAGCGCGCACAGGGAC